AUGAGGACUCUCAAACUUCAGCUCGACUACGUUCUGGCGAGGAACAUUCCUCAGUCAGAUAUCCGAAAAUCUACAGCUGUUUGGGACGUCGCGUUCGACUCUGACCACCGCCCAGUUCUCAGUUCUUCUCAGCUUCAAGAUACGGUUCCACAAGAGAAACCGAGGAGUUUCUCUUCAACCGAAAAUCGACAUGGCAAGUCUGAAAGACGAUGA